AUGUCUUGGCGUGUCAGGUUGUCGCAACACUGGGCCGAAGCGGCAGGUGUUGUCGAUGACGGCUGGAUCACUGUUUGGACGCAGGUCCGUGCCGAGCUUGGAAUUUCAUUUGAAGCUGGCCAUCCAACUAUGCCAGCACCUUUGGAGGACGGUGGUAUCAGUAUGAGGCCCCUCAGCAGUGAAGAGAUGAAGCAAUGGACAUCAAUUCUUUUGCAUUCAGUUCAGAUUGAGACAGAUGGACGUAGGUUGACAUCGCACAGUUGCAAGUGCACUUUGUUGUCCUGGUGCUCGAAAAGAGGAUUGCCCUGGGAGGAUCGGCUAGUGCUUGGAGGUCACACCUCGGCCGUGCGCUCAGCCUUGGUGUACGCUCGUGAUGGCCUUGGCCGUCCAUUGCGCAUGCUCGAGAAGCUGCUCCUGGAGGUGCGGCUAGGGCGUUUCUUGCCUGACGCCACAAGGAGUGGAAGAUUUCCUGGGCCUUUUGCUACAGCACCAGAUUUUGACGAUGGGGCUCACAGUGAAUUUUCGUAUGCUCCAAGUCUUGGUUUUGGAGACCCGGUUGAUGACACAGCCAACGGCACCUCUCAUGAUGGCUGGCUGAAACCUGUGGAGCCAUGUGACAAGAGUUCAGAGGGUCCCCAUGCAGCUCUUGAAUGCAAAGUUGAGGCCUCUGGAUCCGUUUGGGAACUGGCCGAUACCAGCGAGGUGAUUGACUUGGACACUUGCUCAGAGGACAGUGGAUGUUCAGUUGCCACCACCUCGUCUAGCUCGGAUGAGGAAGCCGCUGAGCUCAGCAGUGCCAGACGGCCAGUGCAUCCACCGAAAGUGCCAAACCAGUUGAAACUCUUGCAGCACAAGAAACUCAAAACGUUGCACCUCAUGGAAUUGCAGAAUCAAAGGAUCAUGCUUUGCGGAAGGGUGGCUGAGCCCAGCCGUUACGAGGGCGUGCAGGAGACAAGAUUCGACACUCCGUGUUGCCACACUUGUUGGCGAAAGAUGCCGGAGUAUGCUUGA